AUGCCUUUACGAAAUGCGAGAAUAAACAAACUCAAGAAUAUUUCUAGAAGACUGCUUGAGGACACACAAGAUGAUAAAGAAGAAUUCAAAAAAGAGGAACCCCUUCAUGUGGAUGAAAACUUGCCUCCAAAUGAACAACUUCAUGCAGAAAGAAGAAAUUCCAGGUCAUCUACCUCCAGUCGUGCAUCUCCACGUGAUUUUUCACCUGCUUCAGACGAUGACCCAAGUUACUUACCAUUAAAACCAUCCACUGCAAACCGUCGACGAUCAGACUCUUCUUCUUCUUCAGAUUCAUCAUCGAGCAAUUCUUCGUCUAGUUCCUCUUCCUCGUCAAGUUCUUCGUCUUCGUCUAGUUCUUCUUUUGAAUGUUUUUCGACGAGAAAUCACCAGUGUCCAUCGUUGGCGUCAUUGGCUUCUGCCGCUGUAGACAAAAUCUCUACAAUCCAACCUACUACUAUCAGAAAUGUUGUAGAAGAAGGCAAGUCGAAAAAAAUCAGGCGAAUUAAUAAAAAAAAGACAGCUCAGAAUCGAAGAAAUCGAGGACAAUCAUACGUAUCUACAUCAUCAAAAAUUGUUGCAGAAAGGGUGAUGAGAGGACCCUGUAAUGAAAAGUGUCGGCUUAAAUGUCGUGAUAUUAUUGCUGAAGAUGACCGCAAAAGAUUAUUUGACUCGUUUUGGAAUCUGGGCUCACUAACCCGUCAAAGAGAUUAUAUAGCUAAUAAUUUAGUUAACGUAUUUCCUAAGUAUCAGUACAAAAGACUUAAUAGCAGCAGAAAACCAAAGAAUGCAUUCCAUUUCGAGAUAAAUGGUAAAAAAAAACAGUGUGUAAAAUAUUUUUUUAAAAAUACUCUUGGAAUUGGUGAUCGACCUAUUAGAACAGUGAUAGACAAGAAGAACGAGCAAGGUAUAGUAGACCCUGAACAAAGGGGCAAACACAGUAAUAAAAAGACCAUUCCUGAAGGUAAUUUAAUUGAAGUGCGACGUCACAUCAAUAGUAUACCUCGUAUAGAAAGUCACAAUCUACGAAAACAAACUUCUAGAGAAUUUAUCGACGGAGGAAAGACGCUUGCUGAUUUAUACAAAGAUUAUAAAGCCGAUUGCAUUGAAAAAAAAUAUCGAAUUUGUAAAAAUACAUAUUUAUAG